AUGGCGUUCGACCAGGUGGGGGGUGAUACGCUGGACCGCCGCGGGAGUCCGGCGGAUGGCGCGGCUCACGGCCCGAUCCGCCGCUCGAUUCGGCUUCAACCAAGUCUGCGGCGGCUCGGAGCAGGGCUGGCACCUGGCUUCCCUGGCCCCCUUCGGGGGUGGGAGCGUCAGAUCGUCCAACCACGACCUCACGGCGAGGGGCCCUCGCGGCCUUACCCGUCAUUGGCGUGGGCGGACGUAGAGGAAGCGACGGAGCUUCCGUCGGAAUUACCGGUGGUGGAGGACUUACGCCCGGGUGUCGCGGCGGGAAGGGCGCGAGGGAGGGCACGAGGGCGGGCACGGGGACGCGCGGGAACACGAGGGCGGGGACAAAGGGGGAGGGCGGUGAACGCGCGGGAGCGGGUUAGAUCUGGUCCGUGGCGGGAACGGCACGGUAGGCCGGAGGUGGUGCCAGAGGUGGUGCCAGAGGACUUGAAUGCUGAUAGGCCAGCUACUUCUGACAGGGAAGAGGAUGAGGAGGCCUAUAUGGCCUCAGAAGAAGGAGAAUCUGAGGAAGUCUCGCUAGAUGAUGAGCCGGGGGUGGGCAACCACCAGCGAGGUGGGAGGUCUGGGAGAACGCGACUGGAGGGAAAUGGGAGGAUGGGGGGGAACCAGCAGAAUGGAAAUCUGCCACCUGGGGCUCCAAUUGGGCAACCAGGUGGCGCGGAGGUGAGGGAGAUGCGUUCACCCGAGGUGAUCGCCGGGGACGAGGAGAUCUGGCGACAGGUGGCAGAGUGGGACAUGGACUGCCUCCGUGGCAGUGAACAGCCCUUCCUAGCUAGGAGGAUGCCACUUGGGGUGGUGGACUCCCUUGCAGCUUGCCUCGUCAUCCCACUCCAGCGACUGAAGAAGAACCCACUGUGCCAAGGUGCAUGGCGGGUUCUCCUGUUCCUACCACGGUUGACACUCCGCGCCGAUAUUGACCCCUCCUGCGCAAAUCACUGGAAGGAGAUUGAGGGUAGACUGCAACAGUUCCUACUCGAGAAAUGGAACAUACUGUUCCUACAGGCCAAAACCUCUCAGGAGGAGCGGAGUGCAUUAUCCACUCGACACGGGCACUUCUCAGAGAAGAUCCAACCCGCGUCGCGCUACAGCUAG